AUAGUGAGUGGUGCACACUUCCUUCGCCCAGACACAGAACAAAAAAAAGUCCCCUUUAAGAGUUGCUGGUGUAACAUUAGGAAGAAUAUAUUCCACUCCUCUCUUGUAAAUGCGGCUUAUGAGACGUCUGGGAAGAACAUAUUUACCCUGAGCAACAGAAGUGGAGUUUCAGGAUGCGGACGGAAGAGCCCUCCCACAUUAAGAAGGAAGAGGUUUAUACUCAGAUCCCCCAUUUUAAAAAGGAAGAGGAACACCCACUGAUCCCCCAUUUUAAAGAGGAAGAGGAGGACCCACUGACCCCCCAUUUUAAAGAGGAAGCGGUGGAUCCACUGACCCCUCACAUUAAGGAGGAAGAGGAGGAACACAGCAUCAGUCAGCAGGGAGAGCAUCUUGAAGGACUGGAGGAGGUUGAUGUCACCAAGAUGCCAGUGACUGGUGUCCCUGUGAAGAGUGAAGGUGAUGAGGUCAAAGGUGAGAGUGAGGAGAAGAGAGAGGCGGAGCCUCCAAGCAGCAGCUCAACUCAACACAUGACAACAGAAGCUGAUGGAGACCACUGUGGAGGAUCACAAGCAGACAAGCUCUUAGCUCCACUAUCAGAUAGUGAGGACACAACGUCACACUCUCCUGACACUGAUGAUGAACACUCUAAAGAUGAUAAGACAUGUCACACUGACAACACACACUUCACAUGUUCUCACUGUGACAAAACUUUUAAAUACCAUUGUCAUCUGAUAGAACACAUGAGAAUACACACUGGAGAAAGACCUUUUUCGUGUUCAAUCUGCGGUAAAGCUUUUACGCAAAGGCCCAAUUUCAAAGCACACAUGAGAAUACACACUGGAGACAAAAAAUUUGCCUGCUCAGAAUGUGGUAAAAGUUUUGUAAGAAAUGGAAAUUUGAAAUCACACAUGAGAACACACACUGGAGAAAAACCUUUUUCCUGCUCAGAAUGUGGUAAAAGUUUUGUAAUAAAUCAUAGUUUGAAAGUACACAUGAGAAUACACACUGGAGAAAAACCUUUUUCGUGCUCAGAAUGUGGUAAAAGUUUUAAAACAAUUACAAAUUUAAAAUUACACAUGAGAACGCACUCUGGUGAAAAACCAUACUGCUGUUCAAGCUGCAACAAAAGCUUCCGUCGCCUAAUAACUCUUACAGUUCACAUGAGAACACACACAGGAGAGAAAGUGUGGAGUUGCAGUGUGUGUGGUGAAAGAUUCUCUUAUAAGUACCAGAAGAACAUCACCGCAAAGUCUCUCAGUCCACUUGACGUCCAACAGAUGAACGCUCGUCAAGAAGAACGUCCCCUUCAGCAGCAGGAGGAUCCACAGCCCCCCCACGUUAAAGAGGAAGAGGAGGAUCUCUGGGUUACUCAGGAGGAAGAGUGUCAUCCAGGGCAGGAGGAGUUUCCACUGACUGUUGUCUCUGUGAAGACUGAAGAGCGUGAAGACAAACCACCUGAGUCCUCACAGCUUCAUCACAGUCCAAACGUCUGGGAAGAACAUCUUUACCCUGAGCAACAGAAGUGGAGCUUCAGGAUGCGGACGGAGGAGCCACAGCCCUCCCACAUUAAGAAGGAAGAGGUUUAUCCUCAGGUCCCCCAUUUUAAAAAGGAAGAGGAACACCCACUGAUCCCCCAUUUUAAAGAGGAAGAGGAGGACCCACUGACCCCCCAUUUUAAAGAGGAAGCGGUGGAUCCACUGACCCCUCACAUUAAGGAGGAAAAGGAGGAACACAGCAUCAGUCAGCAGGGAGAGCAUCUUGAAGGACUGGAGGAGGUUGAUGUCACCAAGAUGCCAGUGACUGGUGUCCCUGUGAAGAGUGAAGGUGAUGAGGUCAAAGGUGAGAGUGAGGAGAAGAGAGAGGCGGAGCCUCCAAGCAGCAGCUCAACUCAACACAUGACAACAGAAGCUGAUGGAGACCACUGUGGAGGAUCACAAGCAGACAAGCUCUUAGCUCCACUAUCAGAUAGUGAGGACACAACGUCACACUCUCCUGACACUGAUGAUGAAGACUCUAAAGAUGAUAAGACAUGUCACACUGACAACACACACUUCACAUGUUCUCACUGUGACAAAACUUUUAAAUAUCGUUGUCGUCUAAAAACACACAUGAGAAUACACACUGGAGAAAAAGCUUUUUCAUGUUCAAUCUGUGGUAAAGGUUUUACUCAAAGGCACCAUUUCAAAGCACACAUGAGAACACACACUGGAGAAAAACCUUUUUCAUGUUCAAUCUGCAGUAAAGAUUUUACGCAAAGGCCCAAUUUCAAAUCACACAUGAGAAUACACACUGGAGAAAAAAAAAUUUCCUGCUCAGAAUGUGGUAAAACUUUUGUAAGAAAUGGAAAUUUGAAAUUACACAUGAGAACACACACUGGAGAAAAACCUUUUUUCUGCUCAGAAUGUGGUAAAAGUUUUGUAUUAAAUCAUAGUUUGAAAGUACACAUGAGAAUACACACUGGAGAAAAACCUUUUUCCUGCUCAGAAUGUGGUAAAAGUUUUAAAACAAAUACAAAUUUAAAAUUACACAUGAGAAUGCACUCUGGUGAAAAACCAUACUCCUGUUCAAGCUGCAACAAAAGCUUCCGUCGCCUAAUAACUCUUACAGUUCACAUGAGAACACACACAGGAGAGAAAGUGUUGAGUUGCAGUGUGUGUGGUGAAAGAUUCUCAUAUAAGUACCAGUGUGAGAAACACAAGUGUGCUGGUGAGAACAGCAGCUGCAAAUGAAGAUGCAGGAUUUGAAAUAAACUGUCAAAACUUUAACUUUGACUUUCUAACAACAUCAGCACAUAUAACAGGUGUGACAUCAUUGUUGUGUGUGUAACACAAUCUUGUUAUUAUGCUUAUAACAUACAUAGAGUAAAUACUUCAGAUUAGUGCUUUUAUUUCAGUCAAGUACAUGAGUUAAUAUACACAUUUGUGUACUUUAAAAUGAACAGAACAAUUUGACUGUAAAGGUGAGAAUAAAGAGUACAUAAAAUAUGUUACAUACGAUAUUCAUAAUUCACUUUUAUACUUAUUCAUAAUAGUGUUUUAUAAAUGCUUUUUAAAAUAGUGACGGGUUCUAUAGAUGAACUCCUUUAUAUUAUGUACAUAUUUGUUUUACAUGUGUUCAUACCUUUGCUUUUGAGUACACAUAAAUCCCUCUUAGUUCAUAUUUACUGGUUCACAUCUGAAACAUCUUCUGGACCACUUCUGGAAGCAUAUUAUUAUUUACUUCAUACAUCAUUUGAGCAGUUGUCCUUUAUACAAGAUCAUUUACUUUUAAAAUGUGUUACUUUAUGAAUCAUUGUUUGGGUCUCUAUAAUCCAUUCUAUUAAUUGUCUUUAUUACUCUCUUGUGUAAUAUAAAUAUUGUUGUGUGAUUGUUUUAUAUGUAUGUCCCCAGACCUUUAUGCAAUAAACAAUGUAUGCUUCAACUAAAGUUGGGUACAAUAAAUGUAGUUAAUGUUUGUGGGUAUGUAUUUUAUUCUAUUUAUU